AUGCCGGAGCCGGCGCGCUCGGAAACCCCGGCGCCGCGCCAGUUCCGGGACGUCCAGUUCAGAGGCGACUUCAUCGAGUUCUCCCGCGAGUACGCGGUCGGAAAGGGGGACAGGCUCUCGGUCCGGAGCCGGCUAGAUGACGACGGGACGCAGGUCAUCGAGCUCGAGACCACCCUCAACGGCCGCCUGCUCCUGCACUGGGGGGUCGCGGGCGGCCCCGGCUACAAGGGCGGCUGGCGCCUGCCGCCGGAGAACGUCCAGCCAGAGGGCACCGUCUCGUACAAGGAGCGCGCGCUGCAGACCCCGUGGGUGCCCGCGACGACCGAGGGGUACCGCUACGCGCUGCGCAUCGCGCUCCCGGAGCACGAGCGCUCGGACGCCCUGAACUUCGUCGUCAAGGACGUCGACACCAACACGUGGUACGACCGCAACGGCGACAACUACGAGGUGCCGCUGCCGGGCGGGGAGACGCCGCUGCACCUGAGCAUGACGUCCGUGGAGCAGAAGGGCCCCGUGCUGCUCAAGCCCGAGGAUCAGAUCCCCGCCCUGCCGGACGAGCUGUGCGGCGUGUGGGCGUACAUCAAGUGGGAGCAGGCGGGCUGCCCGAACCGCAGCCAGCAGGACGCGGACCACGAGUACCAGGUGGCGAUUCGCGAGAUGAAGGUGCUUCUGCGCGCCGGGAGCGACCUGGACUUUCUGCGCAAGGUGGGCAAGGGCGAGAUCAAGUACGGCUCCGAGACGGUCCAGAAGCGCAUCAAGAAGGCGUUCGAGCUCGAGCACCUCGAGCACGUGCUCGAGCGGCGCAGCCAGGACGAGGACGAGGACGAGCUGGCCGACGGCAUGCUGCUGACCGUGGAGGACGUCACCGAGGCCGUGCCGAAGAAGCAGGACAAGUCCCCGCCGCCGCCGAUGCCGGUCGUCGAGGAGCCCCCCGCGCCGCCUCCGCAGAAGGAGGCCCCGCCGCCGCCGCCGCCGCCGGCCGCCGAGCAGGAGCACCGCGUCGGCGACGUCGGCGCGGGCCUCGGGGUCGGCCGCCGCGACCCGCUCACGCUGAUCAAGCAGCCCCCGAAGCUGUCCAAGGAGGGCCGCGCGCGCCCCGUGAACCCCCUGCUGCCGCUGCUCGAGGAGGCGGAGAGCGACGAGGCCGUGCAGUGGAAGCGGAUGUACCCGAUGGGCGAGGGCGCGUCGCUGCUGGUGGCGGUGCGGAAGGUCGGGGAGGGGCGCGCGCGCGUCAGCCUGACCACGGACAACAAGAACGACCUCGUGCUGCACUGGGGGGUGCUGAUCGCGGGCAAGGGCGGGAAGUGGCAGCCGCCGCCGCGCGACGCGCGGCCGACCGGGUCGGAGAUGUGCGACGAGCUCUCGCUGGACACGCCCUUCUCGGCGUGCGCGACGGACCAGUGCAAGGUCGAGGUCGGGGGCUCGCGCGUGCCGCUGCAGCAGAUCGACCUGGACCUGACGGACGACGAGAAGAUCGCGGCGCUGACGUUCGUGGUGCGGUCCGGCGACAAGACGCGCUGGUGGAAGGACGGCGGCUCGGACUUCCGCGUGCCGCUGCCGUUCAAGAAGGCGGCGGCGGUGGAGGGGAAGAAGGGGAAGAAGGACGACGUGUUUGCGGAGUUCGACCCGAACGACGUGAUCUCGCGCACGAUCGUGGACUGCGAGGUGAAGAAGGGCGCGUGGACGCUGAUGCACCGGUUCAACCAGGCCGCGGAGCUCCUGGAGGGGGCGCUGUCGGGGGCGUACGGGUCGGACCCGGAGGACCUGGCGGACGCCAUGGCGAAGAUCUUCGUGUGGCUGCGGUACUCGUCGACGCGGCAGCUGACGUGGCAGCGCAACUACAACACGCAGCCGCGGAUUCUGUCGGCGGCGCAGGGGCGGCUGUGCGGCACGAUCCACCACGCGGUGGGGCAGCUGUCGGGCGACGCGCAGGAGUGGGCGCGCAUGAUGCUCACGUGCGUCGGCCGCGGCGGCAACGGGCAGGCCAUCCGCGACGAGAUCCUCAACAUCAUGCACCGGCACCACAUCAAGGAGGUCAAGGGCACGUGGAUGGAGGAGUGGCACCAGAAGCUGCACAACAACACGACGCCGGACGACGUGCACAUCUGCGAGGCGUACAUCAAGUUCCUCGAGUGCCACGGCGACAACGCGCAGUACUGGCGCGUGCUCAAGGACGCGGGCAUCACGCGCGAGCGCCUCGAGGGGUACGACCGCGCCAUCCGCUGCGAGCCCGAGUACUUCCCGGACAAGCGCGACGGCCUCAUCCACGACCUGUACAACUACCUCGGCAUCCUCAAGGCCGUGCACUCGGGCGCGGACCUCAACCAGAGCAUCAUGGAGGCCCACCACUCGGUGCCGAACGAGGCCAAGGGGUACCUGGGCUACGUGCAGAGCCACCUGGACGACUGGCAGGUCCUGCCGCUGAUCGAGGCGGCGCUCGAGGCGCGCGCGCUCAUCCAGGGCCGCGCGCAGGAGGACCGCAACUGCAUGUACCUGGACCUGGCGCUCGAGAACGUGGUCCGGCAGGCGGCGGAGCGCGGCAUGGGGGCGUCCAACGUCGUGCAGCUCGUGUCGCCGCUCCUCGAGAACCUGUGCCUGUCGACGGGCGACAACGAGGAGCUGUGCUACUGCCUGAAGGAGUGGCACGCCCUGCCGACGUCGGUGCUGCAGGGGCGCCCGUCGCGCGACGAGGCCCUCCGCGCGACGUCGGUGAUCGACCGGAUCCGCCGCGCGCUCGCCGCGGUCUCGGAGCGCACGUCCGAGCGCAUCGGCGGGAUCAGCCGCGCGUACGGCAACGCGUUCGGGUGCGACAACUGGGCGGUGGAGCUGUUUGCCGAGGAGGUGGUGCGCGGCGGGCCGGCGUUCGCGGUCUCGCUCGUGCUCGGCGCGGUCGAGCCGGAGCUGCGCAAGGACGCCGAGCUGGGCGCGUGGCAGGUGAUCUCUCCGGCGUCGGUGGAGGGCGAGGUGGUGUGCGUCAAGGGGCUCCACGACGUGCAGCACAAGACGUACGAGAAGCCGACGGUGCUCAUCUGCGACCGCGUGACGGGCGAGGAGGAGAUCCCCGACGGCGCGGUCGCGGUGCUGACGCCCGACGCCCCGGACGUGCUGUCGCACGUGGCCGUGCGCGCGCGCAACCUCAAGACGCUGUUCGCGACGUGCUACGAGGACGGCCCGCUCGAGGAGCUCAAGAAGCUCGCGGGGAAGACCAUCUCGAUGUCCACGUCCGCCGCGGGCGACGUGCGGUGGUCGGAGGACGCCACGGGCGCCGGCGGCAGCGCCGCCACCAACGGCGCCCCGCAGCGCAAGAUCACGGUGUCGAUCCCGAACUGGUGCGGGAAGUGGGCCGUCGGCGUGGACCGCUUCGCCGACGGCGUCGUCGGCGCCAAGUCGAAGAACAUCGCGUCCCUGCGCGGGAAGCUCCCGGAGUGGGUCAACCUCCCCGCGUCGGUGACCAUUCCGUUCGGGUCCUUCGAGGAGGCCCUGAAGGACCCCGCGAACAAGGACCUGGCCGCGAAGAUCGACGAGGCGGCGAAGAACGUCCCGCAGGACCCCGCGACGUGGCUCGCGACGUGCCGCGACCUGGCGAUGCAGGUCAAGGUCCCGGGGGCGCUGCGGGAGGCGCUGCGCGAGGCGCUGGCGGAGGGCGGCGGCGGCGGCGCGGACACGGUCGCGGACGACGCGAAGUGGGCCGCGUGCGAGCAGGCCCUGAAGGGCGUCUGGGCGUCCAAGUUCAACGACCGCGCGUACUACUCGUGCCGGAAGGUCGGGCUGAACUUCAUGGACGUGCGCAUGGCGGUGCUGGUGCAGCGCGUGGUGCCGGCGCAGUACGCGUUCGUGCUCCACACGACGAACCCGCAGACGAACGACGCGUCGGAGGUGUACGGCGAGAUGGUGCGCGGCCUCGGGGAGGUGCUGGUGUCGGGGAUGUACCCGGGCCGCUCGCUGUCGUUCAAGGGCCCGAAGACGGACCUGAGCAACCCGACGGUGCUGUCGUACCCGAGCAAGAGCGUCGGGCUCUUCGUGGACGACUCCCUGAUCUUCCGGUCGGACUCCAACGGCGAGGACCUCGAGGGGUACGCCGGCGCGGGGCUGUACGAGAGCCUGACGUCGGCGCAGCAGGUCGAGCGGCGCGUGGACGCGGCGAGCGACCCGGUGGUGCACGACGCGGAGUACCGGCGCGAGCUGUUGUCGCGGGUGCUGCAGGUGGGCGCGGCGAUCGAGGGGGCGCUGGGGUCGCCGCAGGACGUGGAGGGCGUGGUGGGCGACGGCGGGGAGAUCACUGUGGUGCAGACGCGGCCGCAGAUGUAG